UCCAUACAAGAAUUACUAAUCAAAUGAGGGUUAUAAAGAGAACUCCCGCCAUCUUAGCUUCUUGGAGAUAAAAAUGUAAGGAAGGGUGGCAAAAAGAGAGUUCUUGUAGAAAAUUUCUCCUGCUAAAAAAAAAAAAGGCAUUCCUUUCUAUUAUAUAUAUACCUAACCAUUUUCUCCUUUUUCCUAAAUCCAAACCAAGCCAAAACCCAUGUCUAAUCUUUAUAGAGCUUAGUUAGUUUACUAGCUUUUAUUUCCUUACUCAUGUUUUCAGAUAGCUAUUAGCUAAGGUUUCAGCCAACUAUAUUUUUUUUAAGUGCAGAAACAACACUUUUGGUUUGUCAACUUUCUUUUGCCCAUCUCAACUUCUCUGGUUUUUAAUUUCUUGUAUGUAAGAUGGGUUCUUUGUUUCUCAAUUCUCCUUCACUUGUGUCUAAUAAUAAACUUGUAGCAAGAAUGUCUAAUAAGUGCGAAUGGUGUUUCUUGGGGAAGAAGGUUAGCAGUGUUGUCUAUUGCCAAGGUGGCGGUGGCGGUGGCGGUGGAGGUGGUGGAAAAGCAAUUAGGUCUAGUGGGUUUUCCUCAGUUCUGACAGAAAGAUCAUCAUCAUCAUCAUCAUCAUCAUCUUUAGUUGGUGAUCAGGGUCAUAGUUCAUCUGUAAUGGAUACAGCAAGAAGCUUGGUUGUGUCUUCUCCAAAUGGAAAAGGACAACCUGAAAUUGCUAUGAAGGAUUUUGAGCCCUAUAAUGAUGGACUAACUAGCUCUUCUUUAAUUGAUAUGCGAGACGGCAUUGGCAUUGUCAAAUUUCUUAGAGGGAGGGGAUUCUUUAUCACUGGUGCAACUGGCUUUCUAGCUAAAGUUUUGAUUGAGAAGAUUCUACGGACCGAACCUGAUGUGGGCAAGAUAUAUGUUUUGAUCAAGGCGAAAAGCAAAGAAGCUGCAAUGGCAAGGUUAAAGAGUGAAAUAAUAAAUGCAGAGCUAUUUAAGUCUCUUCAACAAACCUAUGGAAAAUCCUAUCAAGCUUUCAUGUUGAGCAAAUUAGUUCCUGUGGUGGGAAAUAUCUGCGAAUCCAAUCUUGGGUUAGAAGAAGAUUUAACCAAUUUGAUUGCCAAUGACGUCGAUGUGAUCGUUAAUUCUGCAGCUAAUACAACUUUUGAUGAAAGAUAUGAUGUUGCUGUUGACAUCAAUACUCGUGGUGCUUGCCACCUUAUGAACUUUGCAAAGAAGUGCCAAAACCUUAAGCUGUUCUUGCAAGUAUCAACUGCUUAUGUCAAUGGACAAAGACAAGGAAGGAUUAUGGAAAAGACCUUCUGUAUUGGAGAUUGUAUAGCUAAAGAAAAUUUUAUCUCUGAAAGCACAUCAGGAUCAUUGCUACCUAUCUUAGAUGUUGAAUAUGAAAUGAAAUUGGCUUUGAAUUCGAAGGAUGGUCUUCAAGAAAGCGAAGUAGCUCAAGAGAUGAAAAGGUUGGGUCUAGAAAGGGCAAGAAGAUAUGGGUGGCAAGACACGUAUGUGUUCACAAAAGCUAUGGGGGAGAUGAUGAUUGAUAGCAUGAGAGGAGAGAUACCUGUAGUUAUAAUUCGACCUAGUGUUAUUGAAAGUACUUGCAGAGAGCCAUUUCCAGGAUGGAUGGAAGGAAAUAGGAUGAUGGAUCCAAUCAUUUUGUACUAUGGAAAAGGGCAGUUGACAGGAUUUUUAGUAGAUCCCAAAGGAGUUCUUGAUGUAGUCCCAGCAGAUAUGGUAGUAAAUGCAACCAUGGCAGCAAUGGCUAUGCAUGGAAUGGUGCCAAAACCUGGCAUAAAUGUCUACCAAAUUGCUUCAUCAGUUGUAAAUCCACUAGUUUUCAAAGAUUUGGCUAAACUGUUAUAUGAACACUACAAUUCCACUCCUUAUAUGGAUUCAAAAGGCAAGCCAAUUCACGUCCCGUCGAUGAAGCUCUUCAACUCUAUGGAAGAUUUCUCUGAGCACCUCUGGAGAGAUGUGAUUCAGAGAAACGGCUUAACAGCAAUGGCCUCAUCAGACGGGAAGCUGUCAAAAAAAUAUGAACUUAUAUGCAGAAAAUCAGUAGAACAAGCAAAGUACUUGGCUAAUAUAUAUGAACCAUAUACCUUUUAUGGUGGAAGGUUUGACAACAGCAAUACCCAGAGAUUGAUGGAGAGCAUGUCUGAAACUGAGAAGAAGAAUUUUGGAUUUGAUGUGGAAAAUAUAGAUUGGAGAGAGUAUAUCAUAAAUGUACAUAUCCCUGGCCUAAGGAAGCAUGUCAUGAAGGGGAGAGGAAUGUGCAGCUGAAUAUUAUAUAUAUAUAUAUAUAUAUAUACCAAUGAAAUUAUUUAAGUCCUGCAUCUAAUUGUAAUAAGAGAAUUUGCCUGUCAUCUUUUUACUUUUAUUUUUUUCUUUCUCCUUUCUAAAGAAAAUUCUAUCGAAGGGCAUAUAUUAGAAAUGUUUGCCUUUUCUAAUUUGGUUUCUAUUGCCAAUGCUUUUGCUAUAUUUAGUUCUGUAAUUAUGUAUUGAACUUGAGAUGAGUGCAUAUAAUAGUGUAAUAGUACUUCAUCCUCUCUUUCA